AUGACUGCUUUUAAUCCUCUUACUGGUAUUCUUUCUCAAAAUAAACUUGAGGGUCCGAAUUAUGCUGAUUGGAAACGAAACUUGGACAUUGUCCUAAUUGCUGAAGAGUACAAAUUUGUGCUCGAUGAGGUGUGUCCAGAAAAACCUGGAGAUGAUGCUACAGAUGAUGAACAAAAGUCGAUAGAGUCUGCUUAUGACAUUCUAGAAAAUCUCAAUGAAAUGUUUGGAGAUCAGAAUCCUGCGACUAAGCAGACUGCCAUGAAAGCUCUUCUAAAUACCAAAAUGGUUGAAGGUUCAUCGGUUAGGGACCAUGUUCUGAAGAUGUCGGCAGAGACUAUUAUCAAGUCACAAACUCCUCCUGUGGAAUUGAAUUUUGAGGCAUGUGCUUCUUCUAAGCAGAGAGGCGGGCAGAAGAAGAAAAAGGCUCAAAAACCCUCUGUGGGUGGCACAACUACUGGUGUGAAAAAGGCUAAGGGCAAGUGUUAUCACUGCAAGUAG